AAAGUCAUGGUAGCAGGAGAAUCUCCUCGAUAUGAUCUAUUCAAUUAGAGCCAGCUCCACAUUACUUUCUGCUUACCCGAUUCGCUGAUAUAGAUGCUCUGGAGUCUACCGAGAUCGUUUCAAUCGAUGAGAAAGUUGAUCUGUUGUUGGUACAAAUGAUUCAAUCAGCUGGCCAAAUCAAGUCCACAGGAAUGGCGGGCCGUUGACGGAAAGCCGAGGCGUGACUGGCUUUCUCAAAUCCUGCUUGCUGCGCGAUCAGAUAAAAUAAAAAACCUCAAAGUUUUCGACAACCCAGAUCACCUUUUUCAGCAUGGCCAACAGCGACAGAUUACGAGUGCUUUUGGAAUGGUUCGAAAGUAAUGGAGUUCAAUGGGACAAGGAGGCUCUUGAGAUCCGGGAUGUCGACGGAUCAUUGGGAGUUUAUGCUCUCAAUGACAUUGCCGAGAAAAAACGAAUUGUAAAGAUCCCCAAGGAGUCUAUUCUUUCCGCCAAAAAUACGGGCAUUGCCAAUAUCUUUGAGGACGAAAGUAUCGAAGGAGGAUGUUCUCUGUCGUUGACUGUCAUGUACGAAAUGUCGCAGGGCCAAGAAUCACCGUGGUACGGCUAUCUGCAAUCGCUUCCAGAGUGCGCAGAUCUUCCUAUCCUUUGGAGCGACGCCGAGAAAAAGUUACUCCAAGGCACGGAAAUGGAAGAUGCCGUUUACAACGAUCUGCGCGACCUUGAAGAUGAUUACAAGGACAUUGUAGAAAACCUUCUCGAGAAAUAUCCUUACAUCUUCUCGCCUGAAAAGAAGAGUCAGUAUUUCUCAUUUGAGAAAUUCCGACACGUGUCUACGCUGGUGUCGUCUCGCUCGUUUGAAGUGGAUGCUUACCAUGAAAAUGCUUUGGUUCCGUUUGCCGAUCUUUUCAAUCACCGUAGUGGCAACGAACAUGUCCACUUUGAAACUGACUUCGACGUGUGUGACGCUUGCGGUGCUUUGGAGUAUUGCGAACACCAAUAUCUCGAGUUUCUGGAGAACGGUAGCAGUGAUGAACAUGAAGGCGAUGACGACGAGAAUUGGUCUGAUGUAGACGAAGAAGUUGAUUUGGAGCAAGAAAGUGGAGAUGACGAAGACGACGAAGACGAAGCGCCCGAUGCCGAAGACAUGGGCGACAGCGACGAAGAAGAGGAAGGUCCUUUGAAGGAUCUUGAGGAAUUGGAAGGCCAAGGUGUCAAUUUCUGGCAGAAUGAAGAAGAAGAGCAGGAAAAGGACACGUGUGAUAUUGUAGUCGACAAGGCCGUGAAAAAGGGUGAAGAAGUAUUCAAUACGUACGGUGAUCAUCCAAACGUGCUGCUCCUUGGGAAAUACGGGUUCUGCCACGAUGACAAUAAGAAUGACUAUGUAUCUGUGAGCGAGGAUUCGGUGAUUGACGCCUGCCUUGCUGUUACCAAAGAAGCUAUUGUUGCCGAAGGUCAAAAUCUCUCGUCGGAAGCUUUGGAAGAAGCCGCCGUGGAACGCACACGACCGCGAUGGGAAUUUUUCCUCAUGAAUGAAGCCGUUUUAUGUCCCUCCGAAGACUCAGAUGAUGAAGAGGAAGAGGAUGAUUUUGACGAAAGUAUGAUGGAUGAUGAAAAAUUGGACGAGGAGGACAAUGAGGAGGAUGAAGAGCACGGUUGCUGCGGUGAUGACCACGACCACGACCACGACCACGACCACGAUGAACAUGAACACUCUGGCGGCUGCUGCGAUGACGAUGGUUGUAUGGAUGGGGAUCAAAAGUCUCGACCUUACUUUAUGAAUUCGGAAGGAUUGUACGAAGACGGUUUAAUGUGCUUGCUUCACGUUAUGUUUGUGAAUGAAGGCAUCUUUGCCGAAUGGGUCGAUGACGUGUCAAAGGCUGUCAAUUACUUCAGCGAUCUGGAAGGUAGCCAAAAGCCGAAACGAAGCAAAGAUUUGAACGUGACCAAGAAGCACGUGUACUCCGUAUGUCGAUUACUUUCGGAAGAGCGUGGAUCUGAAUUGGCACCGAUCGAGAAAGAAAUGGCCGCACGAGAUAAGACAAAGAACAAGCGAGAAUACUACGCACUUACAUGCCGUAUUAACGAAAAACGAAUCACUGAAAAAUCAAUUGCGUAUUAUCAAUCCAUGAUGGAAUCCGGUGACGCUGAAAAGAAGGCAUCUUCCGGCAAAGCGAACAAAAAGAUGAAAAUGUAAAUAGUCCCUUCGCAUCGCCCACUCAUAAUAGACAACGCUAGAUGAUGUAGAGAUACCAUGCCUUGUUUUACACGCUCAUACAGUAAUUUCAUCCAAUGAACUUUUUUAAAAUCUUCAAGUUUACAUGCAAUAACAAAAGGAG